CUGCUAUAGAAAUGUUGGAGUUAUCUCCCUUCCUGGACUCUUCAGUGCACUUGCCAACAUGGCUGACUGGGAAGAAGUGAAACGUCUGGCAGCUGAUUUUCAGCGUGUACAGCUGAGUACGACGAAACAAAAAUUGUCUGAGAGGAACAUUGUGGAGUUGGUUACAAAGCUGAUUGAGCUGAAACUGAUCGAUGUGAUCUACACAACAGAUGGCAAGGAGUAUCUCACCCAUCAGGAGCUGGCGAAGGAGAUCCGAGAAGAACUAUAUGUUCAUGGAGGUCGUAUCAACCUGGUUGAACUGCAGCAGAUUCUCAAUGUUGAUCUGAACCACAUCCAGGCCAAGGUGAACUCCAUCGUCGGCCAGAACAGGAAGAUCAGCCUGGUACUGGGACAGCUCAUUGAUGUCACCUAUAAAGAUCGUCUGGCUGAGGAGGUGAAUGACAAACUUACUGAACAAGGCCAAGUGACCAUUGCAGAACUGACAAAGACCUAUGACCUGCCAGCCGACUUUCUCACUGAGGUGGUUCGUGCGAGACUUGGGUCUAUAAUCAAAGGUCAACUUGAUAGCUAUGACCGUGACGUCAUCUUCACCCACGCAUUUGUGACGAGGAUGAAGGCCAGAAUCCGUGGCUCACUCAGUGCUGUCACAAAGCCGACGCCUGUGCUCUCCGUGAUGUCCCAGCAUGGCUGCAAGGAGAGACUCUUUCAUACUAUAUUAGAGAAACUGAUCAAGACGGGACGUCUGGCAGGUUCAGUAUCUGGAGGUAAAAAAGAGAAGGCAACAUACAUUCCAGACAUCUACACACAGUCACAGAAUGAGUGGGUUGAUGCCUUCUACAAACAGAAUGGAUAUCUAGAGUAUGACUCGCUGUCGAGACUGGGGAUAUCUGACGUGAAGAGCUUCAUCAAGAAGCGUUUCAAGGAUGAGCCAAUCACCUACUUGAAGACAUGUUGUGCUGGGAAAGGAAUUCAGGACCAGAUUGAGGCUACAGCUGAAGAAGCCCUCUCUACAGGAGGAUGGGUGGACAUUAUGACCGUGAUGCCGUCCAUAUUCAGCGUCAAGGAUGCAGGACAGCUGUUGACCAAUUAUCUGCGGGGCCGUCAAGGUGUAAUUGUGUGCUGUGAGAGCAUUGUGGCGAGCGAGAGUCUCAUAUCUGAGUGUAGCAAGCCAUUUUCAGAACUCAUGACAUCAAAAGCAAGGAAGGAAGCCAAAUCUAACCCAGUGUUCCUGAACACCGAGGGAGACAAGAAGGGAGGUAAACUGGCAGGCCUGGACGAUGGAAGCUCUGCUCGGGAAGACAAGAAAGACCAGCGAAGAAAAAAAGCCGCCUCCAGCACAAAAAGUGGAGGGGGGACACAGGGACGUGAGGCGAAGAUGAAAGCAACAAAGAAAAAGUACCGAACUGGUCGUGGCGAUCAGGAAGACGAUUCUGAUGAUGACACUGUUCAGUCUUCCAACACACGCACAAAGCCAGGCGAGGUGACAUUUAUGACCAUCACUGAAAUGUCAGAUGUCAUCCGUAAACAGGAGAAGCUUCAGGAUUGUCCGGAAGACUUGAUCAGUGAAAUAGCCAGCAAGUUGUACAGACCGCUGACUCGACAGUUCCAGGAAGUGGCGAAGUCUAUAUUCAUGGAAACAUCUGGCACUGCGACAGGCUCAGACAGAAAGAAGACCCAUGGAGAGUUGCAAGAGAAAGUGUCAGGGCUGUGGACCAAUGCUAAACUGUUUGAGAAGGGGCUGAAACACUUUGGUGGUGAUACCCACGUGCAGCUAGUCAAGUAUUUGCUGAACACUGUGUGCACCGACAUCACCAACAUUGUGUUGAAUGCUGUGGCUACUGACAGCCUUAUGUCUGUCAUUGAUGAUGAAGGUCUCACACCAGAGGCCAGGCUGAAAGUAAUUAGCAGUCUCCCUGCAGCGGAACAGACCAUGAUGACCAAGCUACAUAUGUCCGUCACGGGGAAGCACAGUGAACCAAUUGAAAAUGUAAAUAUGAAUGAUAAUAUUUCUUUCAGGCAAAUUGUGUUCAAUCAUCGUCAGUCUCUAGUGGAGAGCGUGAAGGAUGAGAGUGACCCCGCCAUGGCUCUCCACCUUGCUGCAGUCAUGCUGUUCCAGACCUACACACAGAUGAUGGUGCAUGCCCCGGGGCGAGUUGUGCCACAGAUCAUCGAGUACCUAGAAUCCUACAUGGUCAAGGACCAGCACAAAACACUAGUCACUCUACAAGAACAUGUGGUGAAGCAGGCCAAGCUCCAGGCCGACGGUGCUGCCGCUGCUGAUGCCGAAGCUGUUACUGCAGUCAUGGAGGAGAUCAAGCCUCUUUUGCCACAGGUGAAAGAAAUAGCCCUAACUGCCAAGAGAAACUCACCCAAAGAGGAGGAAGACAAGUAAUUCUGGUGUUGAGUGACUCUGGAUUAUCUACAGCCCUUGAUGGAUUGUGCCACCAUGUCUCGGUGAGACUGUUUCAACACGAAUCAAUGAGAGAUUACACUUGAUGUCCAGACAUGUACU